GCUCACAAUCAGGCCAUCCCCCUCUGCAGACCAAAUCCCUGUAUUAUAGACAAUGCAUUUCCAAAAUUAGCUGGAACUUAACUUUGGUUAAACUAUGGCUAAAUAUUAGAGCACAGGCGUCAGAAAUACAUAUUUUGCUGCAUUUGGACGAUGAAGGUUUUCUUCUUCCUGUGGAUCUGCUCCGUUUGUUGCCGGUUGAUUUGUGAAGUGUUGAUGUUGACCCAGCUCUGCUCAAACGGCGCCAAAUGUGAGACUGAAAAGGUGAGGAUGCUGUGAUGAAUUUACAUAAAAGGUAAGUCAAAUAUGUGUCGCGUUUGAGUUAAAUGUCAAAGUGUAUUUGAGGGUUAGCAAGUUGAAGGUUGUAAAGAAAAUGUUCAAUGUCCAGAAACAGUCCAUUUUCCAUAUGGGGCAAAUUUUGACUUCAUUAGCAGCCAUAAUGUUAGCUAGCUCCAUUUCUAACUUCAUGGUGUUUGUUAGCGUAUUUUUGUAACUUCAUUGUGAUAAACUUGGUCAAUUUGCUCAAAUAUUGAAAGCAGUUCUUACAUGAUAGAUAGGCUUAAAACUGGCUCACUGAUAUUUUACUUUCCUAAUUAAGGUUUCAGACGGGAAAACUGACGUGAACUUUGUUUUUCCCCUUGUGUCUGUAGUACAGAUGAAGUUACCGUUACAUUACUAAUGUCUGAGGCUACACCUUUAUUUACUAAGAUUGCACAUAUAUGAUUUUUACAUUCAAAGAAAACCAAAAUGUACAUGUCCCAGACAGUAAGGGGGAAAAAAAACAAUUGAAUUAAUAUCCAAAUCCAAAUAAUAUCCGAAUGAAAUGAAUGACUUUAAGAGCAAAUGUAUCCCCACCAUAAAACCUUAAAAUGUCUUUACAUUUUUGUUGUCCAUGACUUUAAGGGCCUCUAUGUUCGACUAAAAUAUGGUGAAAAUUUUUAGAGUUUGGGGUUUUACUUCUUGUAUGUGGAUUCGUGCAUAAUAUUUUAUAUGUUGAGAACAUUACUUAAUUAAAUUAAUAAUUUUCAAGUCCAUAAAUGAUGUCCUUUAGUGAGAAAUUUCCAGCCAAAAGAAAUCGUUGGGUAAAGCCAGCCUUUUAUGCAUCUUGCUAGAAACUUUCAGAGUUCAAAUAGCGUAAAAAUAAAUUUCAAAUCCAUAAAGCAAAUGAACAAGUUACUAGAUGGAUUAAAACCCAAUCUGUUAAAAACUGGAAGAUCUUUUUAAACAAAUUUUUACUGGUUUGUCAUUUUAUUUUCACUAACAUCCCAUCGAAAGUUGUUCCUUUACUGAUACUGUGGGGAAUGGCUCUCAUCUUAAAUCUCAUCUGUACAGUCUUUGACCUAAACUCUGUACUCUUACAGAUUGGUCCAGGGUUUGCAACUCACAGUUAUUAUCAGUUUCUAUUUAUUGGUUAGACAGCUCCUCAGAAAAAGGCAGCCAUUUCAAGAGCUCUCAAAUUAUUGUUUUUUUCAAGCCAGCAAACACAUUGAUAUUCAGUUACCUCAAUUGACUUAUUAAAAACAAAGGAAAACAGCACACCCAACAAAUGAGAGACUGUAGCCCCCUAAUUCUGUGUUAAAAAUCUAUUUUUUUUUUAUUAUUUUUCUGUCUCAUCCAUAAAUAAACUAAGCAAUAAUAUGUAUUAGAGGCCCUCAGAAGUUAUAAUAAUUGAAGAAAUAGAACUUAAUUUACCCUAUAUAUUUUUCAUCAUCAAACUCGGUAGUUGAGCAUUUCCUUGUCUUGGUUAUUACAUUUUAAGGCAUCAAAGCCGUUGGCUGAAGUUAUUGUAAACAUAAUUAUAUUAUGCUAUUUUAAAAAAUGCAGCAACCGGUACAAUCUUUACGUAAUAAGAGUAUGCUGUUUUGCAAGAUUUUUGCCAUGUUAAAGCCUUGCAGACUUUCUGAUCACAGCACAGUAUUUUGUUGCUGUUUAUAAGAAAAGUACACUAAUGAACAUGUCAGUUUUAACCUCCACAAGUAAAAAAACAUGCUCAUUUUUUAUCAUUCAAUUAAAUUGUGUAAGUUUUGUGAGUUUACAAAAAAGUGGAACCCACAUAUGUACUUGUGGAAAUCACCGAAAUUCUGUCAAAUUUUCCUGUAAAAUAUCUGAACUGUAUAACAUUUGAUCAUACAACACUUAAACAUGCUAUCUCUGUUCUUUGUUUGUAGGCACAUGGGGUUUAAAAUAUACAUCGUCUCUGUUCGAGCAAACAAGGAGGACUGGAAGGACAAAACAAAAGGAGGUAAAAAUACUUGUACUUAAACAUGCAAAAAAUACAGAGCGAUAAUUUAAAUUCAGAAGGCCAUACACUAAAAUGAAAAGCAACAUUGAGAAUAUAUCAGUUGUUUGUUUCUUUCAGAUUUUUGUUAUAGUCUGAGAAUAUGUAAGGCAGCUUAAAGUUUAUCCCUCAACUCUUAUCCUACCUAAACUAUGCUUUUUACAUUACUUUACUCUGCAAAAGCAGCAGAUGAGUAGGAGCAACAGCAGAAGCAAGGCUGUUUAAUAGCACUUACAGGUUAUAUUUCCACACAAAUAAACAGUGCAUAUUCUUGUACUUGUGGCUCCUUGUCUGCGAUCAGUACAUCCCAGGCCUGCACUGACACUGAAUGAACAGAGAGUAGUAAGAGUGUUUGUCCUGCUAAUACUGAUUAAUUUAGUGAUGCAUACAUACAGCAUAUGGAGCUUCAAAUCUACUACUCCUGCUUUCUGUCCUAAUGUAAAUAUUAAAGCUUGCAGUGUGCAUUGCAAGUAAUCAUGCUCGAUUGUGUAACCUGGUGCAGAGAAGGAGGAUAGGGACCAAAUUAUACCCAUGCAAAAAAAAAAAAAAAAGACAAAGUAAAUGUAAUGUGUGCAGAACAUUAUGUACCAAACACAAAGCACUUAUUUUACUCAACAGAGUUUAGAUUUAAUAUAACAUUUUGUGAUCACACUUAAGUGGUGCACUGUAAUAAAACUGACCGGGUGAAGAGGUAGCAGCUUAUUUAGACUGAUGAAUUUGUCCUGUCAUCUGAUCGCAAAUAAAACAAGGUUUCUUCAGCCUGCCUGAAACAAUAACUCAAGUAAAAACUCUUGCUUAAGUCACCUAUGUUCAUCCUGUAUAGUAAUCCAGCAGGGUAGUUCCUGGCUCGAGCUGGAUGAUUGAUUUCUUAUGAAAGCAUGGCAUACUUGCAGUUGCUCUUUUGGCAUUACAAAUUAACUCCUAUGUCAUGUUGGCAUUGUGUUGGACUGUACUGCAUCUCCUGUUUGACAUGUGUUGCUGUAACCCUGCAGGCUCCAUGUCUGGAUGUAGUGUGAAGGGAAGCUCUGGAGAUUUAAAUUGGGUGAUGAUAACAUUUCCAUUCUUUUCUUGUGGCAGUCCCAGACACACAAUAACGUCAGUAGGUUUGCCGAGGUGUUUAGUAGUGAGAGCAGGACAAGGUUAUUAUUAUUAUCCUAUUUUAAUCAGUCAUGUUUAGUGCUCAUUGGUUGGCAUGACGUUCUGUCGUCAGUUUUGUUUGUUAGUUUCACAUCCUAAAGAACUCAAAAGGAUAAAUUUGAAUCAGCUCAAGAAGCAAGAGUCAGGGUCCUGAAGUACUGUAUUUGAGUCCACUAUUUUGAAUUUGUACAAAAUGUCUAUCAGCAAAGCUGCCGCCACACGACUUUGUAAAUGUUUGUUCCAUUCGAGGCGCUGAGCGUGUUUCCCGUCAGAGUUGUAGUGUAGAGCACCCCCCAGAACACCUACAAAAACAAAAGUACAGCGUCAGCACACUACAAACUUUUACAGCCACCUUUCAAGUUUACACAUGUGAGUGUGCCUUUACCAUAAGAUAGAUUUUUGGCGUAGCAUCACUUUGGCUGCUUUGAAGGCAACCACAAACCUCCACCCUCACAGCUUGAAGCCUUUUUAGAUAGGCAUGCUCUUUAAAGUUACAGUCAAAUAGUUCUUUUACUGGCACUGUAGGGAACUGGGGGCUGUUGGUCAGGGGGCUGGGAGACAUCUGGGGAAAAUGUACUGUAUCACCUCCAGGCAGUUGAUGUGGCGUUACUCACAACCCGGGCUGAGGAGCUUUUAGUUUCUCCUCCACUAUAUCUAACAUCAAGAUAUAACAUGAACAAAAAAAUCAACCCAGAUAUUCUUAUUAUUCCAUUAGUUUGUGUCUGUGUUUGGAAAAUGAGGCUCUGUUUACUUCUCAAAUAACCAUAGUGAGGUAGUGAGUAUUUUUACCUUUGGCCUAAAUUGACCCUUCCUGUGGGUGAAAAACACAUAGGCUGUGAAAGACUAAUUUAGCUAGUGCUUAAAAGGAGCAAUGUCAAGGGUUCUUGCCAACCACGAGACUUGUGUUUGGGUGGUGAUUGCUGUGUUAGUGGGCCUCAAAAUGAGCACAUUACACAACAUGGCCAGAUGUGCAGUUUUAGAGGGCAUGUGACUCCUAAUGAGAUGGUCAAGACUGUUUUCUACUUCACAGAGUGAGACACAAGGAAGCUUGUUAGCCGAAAAUAAGUGAGGAAGAUUGCGGCGUGGCAUCAUUGAAAAUUCUGUGUCUUGUUAGUGUAAAUUGAGUUGGUACUGGCACGAGGAUUUUUUUUUUUUUAAUUUGUAAGGCUUAUGCUACCAAAAAGAGUUGAGAAGCGUCUCCUUAAAAACACUGGACAUUCUAAUAGUCUUGUACUGAGCUUGAAUUAACAGAAAAACUUCAGGAAAAAAUCAGGAAAAUCAGGAAACCAGUAACAGCAAAUCCUCUGAAAUGUUUUAAAAUGGUCAAAUAGCCUGAGGUCCUUUCUUAACCACGAAUGUGUUCACACUAAACUCAAAAGAGAAAGCUGAUUAAAGAGUAUCUAUACAAGCUCCAAACAUCCAACUAUUUUGUUUUUAUUUUCCCAAACAGCUCUUAAUUCAUUCAUACAGUCCCAUAACCACCUAAAGGCUGCUCUUUUAUCACCUGGCCUUGUUUGCCUUGGUCUUUGUCCCCUGUUUGUAGAUGGAUGUCAAGUGCAUGUUAUUACAAGGAAAUGAGCCCGAGCCUUGACUGCUGGAAUACACACUAUCCCUAAGAACCCAGCUGAACUCUCUCGCACACACACAUAGACACGCACGCUCACACACACAUGCUGGCGCAGUCUGCCCCACAGAAGUCGGUAUCUCUUGGAUUUCUUCCUGCAUGAGUGACUCCUGGAGAUGUCUGCAGCUUAAGAUUCUGGCAGAUGGAUGUCUGCAGGUUAAGCAGAGUUUUUUUUUUCAGAUAAGGUACAGCAUGUGGUGGUUUAGUUCAGGAGAGAAAAAGGCUCUCCUCAUGUAGAUGACAAAAAAAGUUUACCGUGCGCACUUUCUAACCAUACUGACUGAUGUUGCUUUCUCCUCUUUUCCAGUAGCCUGCUGCUUAGUCUUGAUAUGUCUUCACCUCACAGUUUUAUCUGGCUAAUUACAACACAAAGAGUGUGUAUUAUCUGUGUUGUAUUUGAGGUGAGGUCUGGUCCAUGCUCCAUACAGUUGUUGUGUUGUUAGUUAUAAAUAUUCAAAGUUGACUCAAAUUCUGGUACAGUGUCAUGAGCAGGUUGUUUUAACAGACAAAGUGAGCAAAAUUGUGACAUGAAGCUUGAGGGUUUUGUCUCAUACUGAAGGGGUUAACAAGCUUUCUACAUGUCAUCCCACUGAUGACAACUACCGAUUUAGUAAAUCAAUCAUUUUGCACCAAUUUUGAAAUUAUUUAGUUGAUUUAGAAGUAUUGUCCUGUAGUAGACAUCAACUCUAUAGCAGUUAUUAUCACUUACAUUAAACCGAUCAUGUCCACUUAUGGUGAGGUGAGACAAGGUGGACAUAUAAGAAUCUGGGACAUUUUAACUACAAGUCAUCAGUCCUCACACAUCCCAAUAUCUCACACCAUGUUCUAUUUUUUUGACUUCAUAUAAAAUGCAGAGACCUUUUGAUUUAUUUUUUAGAUUUUUCCGUCCUAGUCAACAGUUUUGUAUCUCAAACCUUCCCUCUUUUACUCUUUUCUUAGUUUUCCCACCACAAACAAACUAAGAUAAAUUUUAACUUCUUUUGGCAAAUAAAUAUGUUUACAUUGAGUCCUCCAGAGUCUGUGAUUGGAGCCACACCUUUAUAAUGAUGUGUUCUUCAAAGCAACAGUCUGCUAUCGAGAUAUAGCAGACUGUUGUAAAUAAAAGCCUUGCAAUAAAACCAUAACAUUUUAUGUAAUCGUGCAAAAAAGUUUCAAACUGGAAUGUCCCUGUUUUCGAUUUAAGUAAUAUUUCAACCUGCUGUGCAAAAAGACCUUUAUAUAUGCUUUUAUUUCUUUUUUAUCUUAUUUUUAUUUAUAUUUAAAACAAAUAAGAAAAUUUGGGUCCCUGAAAUAUCUGGCUAGUGAGACUAUGUAAUGACAUAACGUGUGAAAUGCCUAUCAGGGACAUUGAGUUAACAAUAGCAAUUAUGUUAAAACAUUCCUUUGUUGUCAUUACUCUUCCCUUUGUGUACUAUUGCGUGUGUUUGGACAUGAGCUGUAGGGCACAGCUAUUAAAAGAAUCAAAGAUAAACGUGUUGUUAUGGUAGAGAAGUGCACUAUUUGAUAAUCAUGUGUACUGUAAGAAAGACAAAGUAUGUUGAGACAAAUACUUGAGGAAAAGGUGUGGGAUGUCUUUAUUUUAAGAUUUGAAAUAUUGGUGUUUAGUCUGUGUGUGCAGAAAAGAGACAAAUACAAAAAGACAUGUUAAUAGUAAAUGUUUUUGUAUUGUUCAACACCCUACAGACACAGCUCAGAAAGGAGAGAGUGCUGUAAAGUGAUUUCUUUUUCUUGCAUUCCUCCUUUGCUAAAAUAUUUCUUACGUGUUAUUUGGUAAAGAUGUUAAUUAUUUCUGCUCUCUCCACAGGGAAGUAACAGGAGGGGAAGGUUGCCUCUUACUGUAGUUUCUCUGCCACUACCAUGAGUUGGAGUUUCCUGACUCGUCUGCUGGAAGAAAUCCACAACCACUCUACAUUCGUGGGCAAGAUCUGGCUCACAGUCCUCAUUGUGUUCCGUAUUGUCCUGACAGCCGUGGGAGGCGAGUCCAUCUACUACGAUGAGCAGAGCAAGUUCGUCUGCAACUCAGGCCAACCCGGCUGUGAGAAUGUCUGCUACGACGCCUUUGCUCCACUCUCCCACGUACGCUUCUGGGUUUUCCAAAUCAUACUGGUGGCCACGCCCUCUCUCAUGUACCUUGGUUACGCUGUCAACAAAAUCACUCGGGCGGAGGAGCGGGAGGGCACAGGAGGAGCGGGAGGGUAUUCACGAAGGAAAUCCAAAAAGCCUUAUCUGUCAGGCAGGAGGCAGCACAGAGGCAUUGAAGAGGCGGAAGAUGACCAAGAGGAAGACCCGAUGAUCUACGAGAUGGCAGAGGUGGAGAGUGAUGGUGGAGUAGCAGCAAAGGACAAUAGUGGUGAUGGACAAGUGAAGGUUAAAGUGCGCCAUGAUGGGCGGCAGCGCAUUAAAGCAGAUGGACUGAUGCGUAUCUAUGUGCUUCAACUCUUAGCCCGCUCCCUCCUGGAGGUGGCUUUCCUGUGUGGCCAGUACGCCCUGUAUGGUUUCGCUGUCCCUGCUUCGUACGUGUGCUCAGACCUGCCCUGUCCUCACAGCGUAGACUGCUUUGUGUCACGGCCCACUGAGAAAACCAUCUUCCUCCUCAUCAUGUACACUGUCUCCCUGCUCUGUCUGGCACUCAACAUAUGGGAAAUGCUUCACCUGGGUGUUGGAACCAUCUGUGAGAUUGUUCGGUCCCAUAGGUCUGAGCUCUCUGACGAGGAGCUCUACGGGCUCACACACGGACAUGGAGCUCUAAACGAGGCCGGACUGAGCGGAGAGAACUACAGCAGCUACCCUUUUUCUUGGAGUGCACCUUCAGCUCCACCGGGGUACAACAUCGCCAUCAAGCCUCAUCUUGUCUCUACGGGACAACCUCUACCCAUCACUGAUCUCAGUAAUGCUAAGAUGGCAUGCAGGCAGAACCAUGUGAACAUUGCCCAGGAGGAGCGCCAGCAGUACACCAAUAAUGAUGAGAAUCUGUCCGCGCACACGAUGGGAGGUUCACCCAGAGGUGUUCAUAAGGACAUCCGUCAACCUCAGAGCAGGCCAGGGGCUGACAGUCAGGCCUUCAGCCAGCCACAGAGCCACAAUAAUAACCACGCCAAGCCUCACCGAGAACGCAAACACAGACCGGCUUCUAAACACACCACGAGCAAGACUGAGGCAGAUCGAGGCAGCAGCACCAGCAGCAGCAAAUAUGGAGUCAUAAAGGGUUCAGAGUGGAUCUGACAUCUGAUACACAGACUGUGAUGUGUUGAAAUACUUUAAUUACAAUCUUUAAAAUCUGUGAAAAAAGAUUUUAACAUUUUGUUUUGCAACAAAGCUGGAUUAAUCUUUGAUGCUGUUCAAUAUUUCAGGAGUGAAGGGCAAAAAUACCCAAAUAAUUUUGUACAUUUUCUUACACAGUUUCUGCAGGAAGAAGUUGGUGCUGUCAUCAUUUGCUGGUAAAUAUGCAGAAGCCUCUUUAUGGUAACCUGAGAUGCCUUACUUAAACAGUCAGUGCUUCAUUGACUCUACAUCACUUUAAAUACAACAGUUAAAUGAGGCAUUGUAUUUCCCAACAGGUCUUCCUCACUUGUCUGUGAACAGAUAAUGCUGUGUACGUUUGGCAUAACCUUACAGGGGUUGAGUUGCAUUGUUGUUGUGCACACUUUAAUAGUUGUUGCUGGGUUUGAUUUUGAUCUGUUUUUUUUUUCCCCACAGCCAAUAAUUAAGAUGGAUUGAAUUUCAGCUGGUAACUUUACAGUAUUAUUUUUUUGGGGGGAAAAAGGCUUCCAUGUAAUUUUGACUUAAUGUCAGUGGGAGUGUUCAGACACUAAAAUGACGCCUUUAUCCAAACUGUUGUCUCUGUGUUAUUGUUGAGCUGUUGCAAUAUUUGCCAUAUACACUUGCUUGUUUGAGUUUCUUUUAUGCAGCCUUUCAAGCUUACUUAAAAAGGCUGUGUAAUAAACAGGGAAUUUUUAACCUAGAGUAUCUUGCCUGCUGUGUUAACAUUUUUUCAGGCCCUGAAUAAGCUUCUUUUCUGUUCAGACGUAACUUUUAUUUACAGAUUUCCAAACAAAUGUCAUUCAGGCUUGUCCUUUGAACUGUGCCAGUGUUUUGUGAAAAAAUACUUUUGUAAGCAGAAGUGCAAGAAGUGCAUGUUUUGAAUAAAGAGUUUGUAUUA